AGCCAAGCUUGUCUUUGACUUGACCAGCAUCUCGCAUCCCUUCGCUUGGCCACCCACCACCAUCCAUCCCUUUCUCCAGCCUUCGAUUGGUCAAGGUCAUCCUUCCGCAGCAACGAACGAAUCUACACGAUGUCUCAGCAGCAAGACACUUCUCGCAAGCGUCGUCGCUCACCAACGCGAGGCACGUUGGGUCAAGGUCCUCUGGACGCCUCUUCACCAGCCGACGGACCUAGCGGGGCAGGAUUGGGGGCGUUGGCAGCUUCGACUCCAGGAGCUCUUAGCAAUCGGUCUAGUCCCCCUCCUUCUAGUCUUCCUCCCUCCAGCCCUCCAGGUGCGGGAUUCAGCGACUUUGCUUCGGAUGCUGAUGAAGCUAAUGAAGAGGAUGUGAUCGACGAAGAGAAUGAUGCGCGUGCACUCGGAGAUGACGAGGACGACGAAGAGGGGGAAGACCUAUUUGCUGAAGGAAUGGAAGAUGAUUAUAAUGGCAAUGCCGCCUUGGAUGCUUAUGACCCCAAGGACAUCGACGACGAUGUCUCGGUCGACGAGAUGGACCCUCAAGCGCGUCGCGUAGCCGAGCUCAAGAUGGCUCGCCGUGAUCGUCAAGAGCGCGCAGCAGCCGGAGCAGGUGCUCGUCGAUCUCGCGCGCCUGCAUUUUUGCAGUCGGACGACGAGGACGAGGAUCGAGACGUGGUGGCAGGAGGUCGUCGUAGACGUCAUUACGAUGAGCGCAUGGAAGAAGAAUUUGAUGCUGGAGCUGAAGACUUGCCCCUCGAACAGCUCGGAGACGUCAAGACGGACAGCAUCGCCUCUUGGGUCGCUACCGAGAACGUUCGCCGCACGAUCGAAAGAGAAUUCAGAAAUUUCCUGGUCACCUACGUCGACGAUAAUGGUGUUAGCGUGUACGGCCAACGCAUCAAAGUGCUCGGUGAACUCAAUUCCGAGUCACUCGAGGUAUCUUUCCUGCAUCUCGUCGACAGCAAGGCGAUCUUGGCCUACUUCUUGGCAAACUCGCCCGCAGCCAUGCUUCCUAUUUUCGAUCAGGUCGCUUUCGACGUCAUCAUGCUCUACUAUCCGCACUACGACCGUAUCCAUCCCGAAAUCCACGUGCGCAUCUCCGAUCUGCCAACCUCUUCGACUCUUCGCGAUCUUCGUCAAGAGCACCUCAAUUCGCUUGUGCGCGUGUCCGGCGUCGUGACUCGCCGCACCGGCGUCUUUCCACAACUCAAGUACGUCAAGUUCGACUGUCUCUCGUGCGGCGCUGUUCUCGGUCCCUUCUUUCAGGACGCGAAUCAGGAAGUCAAAGUCAGCUAUUGCAACAAUUGCUCCAAGAGAGGCCCGUUUCAAGUCAACAGCGAGCAGACCGUCUACCGCAAUUAUCAAAAGAUGACUCUGCAAGAGUCGCCCGGUAGUGUGCCUCCUGGAAGGCUGCCCCGACACCGCGAGGUCAUCCUCCUUUGGGACUUGAUCGACAGCGCAAAACCCGGAGAAGAAGUGGAGGUGACGGGCAUCUACCGCAACAAUUUCGACGCUGCGCUGAACACCAAGAACGGUUUCCCAGUCUUUGCUACUGUGCUCGAAGCGAACCACAUUGCGAAGAGGGACGAUGCGUACGCUGCGUUCCGCAUGACGGAAGAGGACGAGAGAGCUGUGCGAGCGCUUGCCAGGGACGAGCGCAUUGGACGACGUAUCUUGAAGAGCGUGGCGCCCAGCAUUUAUGGUCACGAAGACAUCAAGACUGCCAUUGCGCUUUCCCUCUUUGGAGGAUGCGCCAAGGACGUAGGGGGCAAGCAUCGUAUCAGAGGAGAUAUUAAUGUGCUUCUUCUUGGUGACCCUGGAACGGCCAAGUCGCAAUUCUUAAAAUACGUCGAAAAGACUGCGAGCAGAGCAGUCUUCACCACUGGUCAAGGAGCCAGCGCCGUUGGUCUCACUGCUAGCGUCCGCAAAGACCCCGUGACUCACGAGUGGACCCUGGAAGGCGGUGCUCUGGUACUCGCAGACAAGGGCGUUUGCCUCAUCGACGAGUUCGACAAGAUGAAUGAUGCUGACAGAACAUCCAUCCACGAGGCGAUGGAACAACAAAGCAUCUCCAUCAGUAAAGCAGGUAUCGUCACAACCCUGCAAGCCAGGUGUGCGAUCCUCGCCGCUGCCAACCCUACACGUGGUCGUUACAACCCAACUAUUCCGUUUGCGCAGAACGUCGAGCUCACCGAACCCAUCUUGUCGCGUUUCGACGUGCUUUGCGUCGUCAAAGACACGGUGGACCCGGUCAAGGACGAUAUGCUGGCGCGCUUCGUGGUGGGAUCGCACUUGCGAUCGCACCCUCGCUUCGACGAAGAUGUUGACGAGUCGAGAGUGGCGACGUCUCUAGAUGCGGACAUUAUCCCUCAAGAUUUGCUGCGCAAGUACAUCAUGUAUGCGCGCGCGCACGUCAGGCCCAAGCUGCACUCGCUCGAUCAGGAUAGGAUGGCGAGGCUUUAUGCUGAUCUGAGGCGAGAAUCCUUGUCGACGGGAAGCUACCCGAUCACUGUGAGGCACCUGGAGAGCAUGAUCAGGAUGGCAGAAGCGAGCGCCAAGAUGCACCUGCGCGAUUAUGUGCGAGCGGACGACAUCGACCUGGCCAUACGAACGACGGUGGAGAGCUUUGUGAGCGCGCAAAAGAUGAGCAUCAAGAGGACUUUGGAGAGGGGAUUCAGGAAGUACCUGCACAGCAGCAGAGAUCACGAUGAGCUGCUGGCCUUCUUGCUCGGUGGAUUGGUCAAGGAUAGAAUGAGAUUUGCGGCCGUUGCGCAGAGGAGAAGGCAUCCUGAAGAGGCUCAAGCUGAAGUGGUGUCGGUGCCGCUCAAUGCGCUCGAAAGCAAGGCAAAGGAACUGAACAUCUUUGAUGUCAGACCUUUCUUGAACUCAAGACUCUUCCAGGCCAACGGAUACGCGUUUGACGAGCAGCAGAGAGCGGUGACGAAACGCUUUGGCGCUGUCAGUAGAGGUGCUGAACAGCUGUGAUGUCAAACAUCGUGUUCUGUGCUGCGCUCGCGUAUCCCUCCACCCCCAUUUUCCCGCUUCCCCAACUUUUCCCCCGCUCCCUUCUCCCUUCUCCC